AUGGAAGGUGGAACAAUGGGCAGGGGUAGAUACGAGACGGGCUAUGGACUGAGCGACCGAUUUCCCAUCGAGCAAGGCCUCGGCCAAGGGUGCCUCCUUUCGCCCGCACGUAGCAAGCUCAUGCUGGCCGUGAUGCAGCAAACAGUCAGCAAGCUGGGUAGAGGUUUCGAAUUCACAGCGGCGGGCGAAGGUGUGCCGCAGCUAGUGUACGCCGACGACGGCCUGUUCCUCAGCAACGACAUAGCCACGAUGCAGCUAGCGCUAGAGUGCGCCUGGUUAGUGACAAAGAUCUGUGGCAACAGCCUCCAGGUCAAAAAGAAGAAGAAAUCGGCAUGGUCAGCGACGUACUGGGAGAACAACGAAGAGCGGGAUGUCGAGGGCUAUGAGGAUGCCGGAUGGACCGGGUGGGCAAACGGCGAGGGCCAGACGGAAAUGAGGGAGCGGUGCGUAGCGGACUGCAAGAGGGUGAGCUGGAUCAUAGGCAACCUGCCGCACUUGACAGGAGAGCAGAUCCGACGCAACAUGGCGCUAGCACUGAGCGGCAUUAUCGGGUACUAG